UUUCUUCCACUCUGUCUCUUGCAAGAUGGCGUCCUGCAUCGGCUGAUCGCGACCGUGGGAAUGUGGUGAAUCUGUUGCGUGUGAUCAGUGAUCGUCUGCGUGCACCUGCUUUUUUUUUGCUGCACCUUGUGCUAGUGGUAUUGUGCGUUGUGCGGAUACUGCCCUGCCGACUAUAUGACGGCCAAGACCGGCGACUUACACCGGCGGAGCCACAUUGCUCUGGCCACUUCAAAGGUGAGUGCACUUCUGAGUGGUGCCAUGGACGGUCCGAACCUGCCUCGUCGACUGGCUUCGACUCCUGAGCCUUGGGAGAGCAGCUCUGAGGACGACUCCUGCUCUUGUGUAGCUGCAUGCGACCCCCUGGUGACUGGCUGCUUGGGCGGAGAUCGGUGGCACGACUGCUGCUCCUGCUGCCUCUCUCCGGCAGUGCUGGGCUCUUCUUCUCUCUCAGCUUGGGGCGACGGGGGAUGCUCCGGCUGCAGAGAGCCUUCCUCAUCGUCGAACGUCAGCCCGACCCACGCGCCGUCCAGUGCCGACCGCAGCCCAGCAUGGCGGCUGUGCGCAGGCGGCAGCCGCGUCGGCUGGCGUUGGUACGUGACCGUGUGUGCACUCUCGUGGCUGUGCUACGUAAACGCGCUCAGCUGCGGAUUCGUCUUCGACGACGCAUCGGCCGUGCGGGACAACCGUGACCUUCGGCCGUCGACGCCCAUUGGCAGCCUGUUUGCGAACGAUUUCUGGGGAACACCGAUUCACAAGGAACAGAGCCACAAGUCCUACCGGCCGCUUUGCGUGCUCACCUUCCGGCUCAACUACUGGCUGCACGAGCUGCGCCCCAUGGGAUACCACGUGGGCAACGUGCUUCUCCACUCGCUGGUCUGCGUGCUCUUCCUCAGGGUCUGCUCCAUGGUGGUCCCCGCCAGGGCCAGUGUCGCCGCUGCUCUGCUCUUCGCCGUUCACCCGGUGCACACCGAAGCGGUGACUGGCGUGGUUGGCCGAGCCGAGUCCCUCUCGUCUGUUUUCUUCCUGCUCGCCUUUCUGGCCUACAACAGAGCCAUCGACAGCUCCAAACGCACUGAGUGGCGCCCUCUUGCGGCGUGCGUGGCUCUCGUGGUGGUGGCGACGCUCUGCAAGGAGCAAGGCAUCACCGUGGUUGCCGUCUGCUUCACCUACGAGAUAUUCGUCGUUCAGGAGGAAAUGACUGAAGCGACACAAGCAUCCAGAGAAAAAUGCGACGCAGGCAGAGCAGCCACCGAGGCUUCCAUCGAUGAGCAGCAGCCGGCCGAGCGCGCACCGAACGUCUCCGUGAUCUCGACGCGAGAGAUUCGUCCCCACCACGUGAUUCGGGGCCUUCGUUCCCUGUCCGGGAGCCCAGUAUGUGUUUCUCCGUCGUCGACCACGUUGGCCUCUUCGUCUGUAGUGCCGCCUUGCGGCUGGCUGUGGCAUUGCACGCAGCGUAUCGGCGCGCUCUCCCUCGGCGCACUCCUGCUCCUGGCCGUCAGGCUGCACAUCAUGGGCGCUCAGCUGCCCGUGUUCACCAAGUUCGACAACCCAGCGGCCGUGGCACCCAGCCCCGUGCGACAGCUGACGUUCCACUACCUGCCGGCAGUGAACACGUGGUUGCUGCUGUUUCCUCACGCGCUCUGCUGCGACUGGACGAUGGGCAGCGUGCCACUGGUGUGCUCCAUGGCUGACCCGCGGAACGCAGCCACGCUAUCACUGUACGCAGUGCUGGCUACGCUGGCCUACGUGGCACUCUUCUCCUCCUCCUCCGGCCGCCGCCGGCCCCCCGCCACAGAUGACCAGAAGAAUGCCAUCUUCCUGAGCCUCUCCCUGCUGGUGUUUCCCUUCCUGCCGGCGUCCAACCUGUUCUUUCCCGUGGGCUUCGUGGUGGCUGAACGUGUCCUGUACAUGCCCAGCAUGGGCUUCUGCCUCCUCGUCGCACAUGGCUGGCACACGCUGAUCAAGAACUACGCCGACAGUCGGCUGACCAAGAACUUCUUGUGGUUCGGGCUCCUCCUUCUGCUCGUGACGCACUCCCUGAAGACAUUUGUGCGCAACUUUGAAUGGGAGUCCGAGUACAGCAUCUUCAUGGCAGGCCUCAAGGUGAACAGCCAGAAUGCCAAGCUGUACAACAACGUGGGCCACGCACUGGAGGGACAGGGGGAUUAUGCCCGAGCGCUCGAGUACUUCCUCAAAGCUGCCAGUGUGCAACCUGAUGACAUUGGUGCUCACAUGAACGUCGGACGUACGUACAACAACCUGCUGAUGUUUGAAGAAGCGGAGACUGCCUUUAGGAAGGCCAAGGAUUUGCUGCCUCGACCAAAGCCAGGCGAGCCAUACAAGGCACGAAUAGCUCCGAAUCAUCUUAAUGUAUUCCUGAAUUUAGCCAACCUCAUAUCAAGAAAUAGUUCACGUCUUGAAGAAGCCGAUGGUUUGUACCGCCAGGCAAUCAGCAUGCGUGCGGAUUACAUCCAAGCAUACAUAAACCGGGGAGAUAUCCUUAUCAAACUCAACAGGACCAAAGAAGCACAGGAGGUCUACGAGCGAGCACUUUCACUGGACGCCAGCAACCCCGACAUCUUCUACAAUCUUGGCGUUGUGUUCCUGGAGCAAGGCAGGCCAGGGGAUGCCCUCAUGUACUUCAACAAGGCCUUGGAGUUGGAUCCCGAUCACGAGCAAGCGCUGAUGAAUUCUGCCAUUCUUAUUCAAGAAAGUGGGAACUCAAAGCUCCGUCAGCUGGCAUUUGAAAGACUGGAGCUGUUGCUUCGCAAGGGUAAAGCUAAUGAGCGUGUCUACUUCAACCUUGGCAUGCUCUCCAUGGACGACAAAAAGAUGGAAGAAGCAGAACGAUGGUUCCACUCUGCCAUACAAGUCAAAGCCGACUUCCGUAGUGCCUUGUUCAACCUGGCCCUGCUUUUAACUGAUUCAAACAGGCCACUGGAGGCUGUUCCACACCUUCAAAAACUUCUUGAGUCCCACCCGGAUCACAUUAAAGGACUCAUCUUGCUGGGUGACAUCUACAUCAACCACAUAAAGGAUCUGGACAAAGCACAACAGUGCUACGAACGCAUCCUGUCCCUGCAGCCAGACCAUGUCCAGGCGCUGCACAACCUGUGCGUGGUGCAAGUGGAGAGGGGUGCACUGUACCAGGCUGAGGCCUGCCUCCUGCGAGCACUGAAGCUUGCACCGGGAGAGAGCUACGUUGCCAAGCACUUGGCCAUCGUGCGCAAUCGCAUACGCAAGUAUCAAGAGCAUUUGAGGAAAGCAGGGACGCCUGUGCAUUCUGCAUCCUCAAGUGAGCCACCCAUGACGUCAUCAUCUUCGAAGCAUGCAGCACAGAGUACCAGCAAAGCAACAUGAAACCCAUGAGCAGCGUUGUUUGUGCCAAAUGUCAGUGCAGCUGCAUACAGAAAGCUGUUUUUACAGGAGCCGGCAGAUGAACUGUCAAAUUUGGUGCAUUCUUUGUAUUGUGGUAGUGGAGGUGCAGAUGUUUGUUCCAUGGCAUUUUAUUGCGUGUACGAAAUGUGUAAAUUGAAGCGCCAGGUAUGCAUGCUGAAGCAAAACCCAACGUGUGCUUUGUUUGGCCAUUUGGGUGAGCUUGUGCAGCUGAAUUGCAUAAUUCCAUUUUAUUUUGGCAGAAAAGGCAAGCAGUGCAACUGAACAUAGUGUGAGGCUACAUGUAUUGUGAAAAGACACGUUUCUACAAAAUGUGAGUGCAAAUUAGGCAGUUAGAAGAAUCAUGUAUACCUAAUACUCCUGUUUACUGUAGUCACGAGCAAACCAUAAGUCCUUCAUUUAUAUAUGUGGCAAUGGCAUAAUUGACUUGGAAUGGCACUAACCGUGAUUAGCACCUACAAGGGCUGCUUGGCCUUAUAAGAUGGUUCAGAAUCGCGUGUGCCUGACAUGUGUUUAGCCAUUGCAGAAAUGUUGGCCUGACCAAAUUGUAUGUAGCAGAAGUGAUUAGUAUAUGUGAAACAUUGUUAUGGCAGGAAAAUAAGAUGGCAAUGGCUGUUGUGGUCUGAAGGUGAGAAAUGUGCAUGAAGCUGAGGCUCUCCGAAUCGAAGGUGAUGGCCUUCAUGUUGGCUUUGAGGUAACAUAGUGAAAGAAGAGCUCUGGGAAAUCCAUCCACGCAUUCAUGUUGUUUGUAUAUAGUUCUUGAUUGUAAUGAGAGACACCAUACACUAUACCUUUUUUGUUUUUGUAAAUUAACCAACCUGUUUCAGCAUAACAACUUGCACUAUAGACAUAUAUAUCAAUGUUAGCAAGAGCAGUUAGAACAUAUCAGUGGGAAACUUAUGAGCUAACUUAUGGUUUCACAGAUUAUUGUGCAUGAUCAUUAUAACUGAAGAGAGGUGUGAAAAUAGUGAAAUGGGGAAAUAUAAAGCACAGACAGCGCCUGUCAACAAGGCAGGCACUUUGGUUUGUCUUGUACAGUGUAAAAUAUCCAUGAAAUAUGGCAGCUAAGCUAUGUGCAUUAUAUUUUUGAGAAGUCGCCAUGUACACCGCACAUGAGCUGCAGGAGAUGAAAUGUUUAGGCAAGUCCUACCUACACAUUUGCAGCUUGUUAGUAGCAUAAUGUACAUACAUGUUCAAAGAGAGACCUUUGCGCUGUACCAUAGGAUUGUUUGUGACCACAGUUGCCACUGUACAGAGACUGUGCGGCUAGCUUCUCUUUAGAACACGCAAGUAAAAAGCUGACUCUAAAUGCAUGUACUUGAAGAGAUGUAUUUAUGCACAUGUAGAAGUGUUCGCUGUGUCAGGAGUCGAGAGUAAUUCAGCGAAAUGAAAUAAACUGCUUCUGCUAGCAGCACUUGGGACCACAUUGCGGCUGACUUGCUGUGGAAGUUUGUAACAGUUCAUAUGUGGUGACAUUGUGCUGUCAAAAAUUAAUUGGGGAUUGUUAUUUAGCAAAUUUAUUUCUUAGUGCAGGAACUGAGAUUUUCUCCAGUUCUAUUUUUGUUGAAGUUGGCUGCCUAGCAUGACAUAUCACUCACAGCAAUUUCCUUUCUUUGCAGAACUUCAGAAUUAUAUCAGUACCAAGUUUACCAUAUCAUUUCUUAACCCUGCAUCCACACAUCAGGAAUAGCCACAAUAAACUUUUCAAAUUUCUCUAAAGAAUAGAUUAUGUGGAAAGGUUGAUCUCACUUUCCCAUAGUUAUUUUUUAUUACUUUAGUGCUCGGAUAUCAAUUUUGUACAUACACUGUGCAUUCUCUGCAUCUUUCUCACUGGAUAUUUUAGGCUUUACUUCACAUAGUUUCCAGCUUUUAUUUUAAAUACGCAACUCACAGUGAUUGCGCAGUUACUGACUUGCUUAACAGGUAGGCUUUGUCUCUAUUGUUUAAAAUGUGAAAAACAUAUUUUAGAUGAUUUCACGCUGUUUGAACUAUUUUAACCCGAUAAUGUUAAAGGCCCCUGUGGCACAAAAUUGGGUGUUGGCGCCGGCAGCGAUGUCUGUAUGAAAAAAAUCAUCCCGAACCGCGCAUCCCAAUCCAUGCAGGCUCUCUGCGUGGCGCAUGGGCAUUACUGAACUAAUUGAAUUUCUCAAAAUAAAAUGCGUCAGAAAAUUCAUAAAGUACAACUUAUGCAAAACCUACAGACAUGACAGAUAUUCAUCAGAUUGUAAUUUGAAUAUACAAGAAAACAUGAUUCUGCUACAUGGGAUCUCAAACUCAAACCCCUUUUCCAGUUGCCGUUUGAGGUAUAACUUAGUAGGAGCAGCAUGCCCCACUCGAUUCCUUGCAACACCAUCCAGAUGGCCUGCGCGGCAGCAUCCACUGUAGGCGGGAAAACAUUAGAAAAGGAGAAACAGAAAGCUCGCCUUUGUUUUGCCACCACUGUUUCCAGGAAAACACCACGUUUAUAUAGUUACCCGAAAGAAUGAGAAGCAGUCAGGGAUGUUUGAAUGCCACUGCAUUGCACUCUUAAAGGCGAAGCUUAAGUGUCCUGCAAAAUUUUUUGUGAGAUAGUAUCAUGCACCUUUUUCAGUAUAAAUUUUGAAUGUGAACAAAAAUUCAAGUAUACAUGUCGCAAGAAAAGCAGGCAGAUCAAACCCAGUAUGGUUAUUCUUGUGCUGCUCUUGCACCUUUGGUAUGCAUGAAAAAAGUUGAGGUUAGAUGUGGAUGGUGCAGACCGUUUCUCUCCUUCGUCUUCAUUCAAUUUUUGUGACAUUUAGGUUCCUAACAGUAAAUUCUACAUUUGUUUGGAACUGCAUUUUAUACUGUGUACGGUUAUCUAUAAAAAAUAUGUUUUAAGCUACUCAUAGUUGGACCUUUGCUGUGCAAACUAUAAUCCACAAAAAAACGCCAUGUCUUUGUCUAAGAAGCAGUAAGGGAGCUACUGAAGACAGUUGCCUGUUGGGUUGAAGCUCAGUGAGUGGUACUUCAGUGUUGUAUGAUACAAAAAAUGUCGAUGCAUUUUUCUUGUAGCUUCAACAUUCCAUGCAGAAGCAGUGCAAUUUCCUUGAGUAUUAUGCUUGAACGUAAUUUUGUCUGCUGCCGGUACGUUUUGCAGAAUGAAUCAUGUUCUAUUGUGCUGUGUUUUGGCUGCUCGCUUUCUUAAGCUUACUACAUUUACAUGUGAUACGUACACCUGCCCAUAAAUUUUUUUCGAAUAUGACAAGGCUAACUACUUUUCACUGUACUUUAUUUGGUUUUUGAAGAGUUGUAAAAUAUAAGUGCCUCAAAAAUUUUAAAUCGCUGAUAUUUAGCAAUUUUUAUAAAAUACUUGAGAUCCGAAAUCGAAAUUCUAGUUCAAGGAGUUGGGAGAAAUUAUACUUCUCUCUCAAAUGCAGCACAUUUCGUUCAAAUUGAUUCAGGGGUUGUCUGAGGAGAGCACUUGUGCUUUUCACAUGUAUUCGAGAAGGAAAUCAAUGUCGCUCGUGAGAUAAAGCUUCCAUUUAAGACCUGCACUGCAUAGGAUUCAUGUACAAGUGCAAAAUCCUUAGUGGCAGGCUUAUUAGGUGGCAAGACAUCUUUGCACUUUUCCCAGUCCCUAAGCUUUUGUGGACAGGUCUACCUGCUUAUAAGUGGGAGAGGGGUUUAGAAUACUAGCUACCAGAUGCAUAUGGCAUGUAAAGGACUUGUUUCUAACAUGCCUACAUAUUCUGCAAGUAACAGUUCAUAGUCGUUGCAUAUGCAUGAAGAUUUAUUGGGACAACACCCUGUGAUGCACCUGUAAUAUAUGAUACACGGCUCCAAAUUUUGGUAUCUCUGAAUAAGCACCAACUAAUGGUCACAGGUCAAUGUGUGCUCAGACAAAAUAAUGUUGCACUUACUUAGGCUCCUCACAUAUGUUCUUUUACUUAUUUAUUUUUCUCAGGGAAGGGAAGAAAAAAUAAUAUGAAAAUUGCUUUUGGCAAACGCCCAAAUGCUGGCUUUGUAGCGUGGUUUCAAAGGCAGAAAAAAAGUUGCAACAACAAAUUUAACACUCUAAAAACAUGGUCAUGUUCAUCUUUUAUGGGACCAUAGAAAGAGGUCGUAAGAGCCAGAAAAAGAAUAAAUAAAAAGGUGAAAUGGAUAUUAGCAAGGUGAAAGGUCAUUUAAAUCGGGACAUCUUGGCCCCCAUGUGGGAGCCUUGUUUAAAGUGAAGUUCAAGAAAGAUGAGCGUGAGGUUAGGUGGCUAUUCAAAAUGCCAGAUCCAAAAAUGCUGCCAAAGUUAAAAUUAAUGAAAAUGAUAUAGUUCUAAACAUGGCUAACUUAAAUUAUUAGGGGUGUUAUCUCACGUCUUAUCACUGUUAUCACUGAGGUUUACAUGUUUCCAGCUUUUUGGCACAUUUUAUGAUGUAGCAACUAACAGGAUGACAAUGAUAAUCACUAACACCAUGGCAUUGGUGGCAGCAGAUGCCAUGCUGUGGAUAGCUUGCAUUCAUGUGAGCAAUACAGACUGCCAGUCGAAUAUACAAGUACAGCACAUUUUGCAGAUGUAACACAUGGGAAUAUACAAACUAGAAGCACUUUUAUAGAAUUACACUCCAUUUUUGUUUUGCAAUAGUAAAAGUAUGCAACAAAUAUAUUCUAUUUGUGGUUGUUACAAUACAUGCACUCAACAUAUUCCAAUAAUCCAAUCUUGAUUGAGCCAUAAAAUGGGGUCUAAUUAUCCAAAGUAUAAAAUUUAACAAGUUGUUUCAGUAGCAUAUGUUCAUUUGGUAUUUUUUAAAUAAUGGGGGGUGUGUUGAGAGUCGGAUCAAUAUGAUACACAACUAACAGAAAUGAUGGCAUUUCAUAGUCCAAGUUUCAUAGUUAAAACCUGUGACUUUUAGUUUAACUUUAUAAUACUCUUGUAAGCAUACUAAUUCAAGACAUACAUUGCCAAAAAUAGCAGUCUCCAUGGUGCUUCAUCUUGCAAACCUAUGUGCCUUGAAAGAGGUGUAGUUCGCAUGGGUAACUUGGUAGUGCAAGGACUGCAGGUUUUAGCACACAAGAGCUUGUAGGUAUUAAAGAGCAUGCACCUCAGACAACAGGUGCAUUCAGUUAGUCUCGUAUAAUGGCUAAGCAUGUGUGCUCGAAAACGCAUGCUUAUUUAGACGGCAAAAUUUUCUUCAUUAGUCAGUUGAUCAUAUGCUAUUUAUGGCAGAAGUGUGCAAUGCUGGGCUAGUUGGUUAGGCAUUGCCAUAAAAAGGUGAAAACAGCGCAAGAACGGUGGCAUGCAGAAGAAACGUGCACCGCAGGCGCUGACUAACAAC